AGAAAAGGGGGGGGGAGGAAGAGACUGCAGCAAAUUGGGCAAGGCCUGGGAUUUGAGGCGCCGGCUGGGGAAGGGUUAACCCCCUGUGACUGUAUGUUAAUGAGAUCCACGGUAAUAGGAGGAGGCUGGCUUUCGCCGAAGCCGCCGCUGCCGCUGAUGGGGAAAGCGAUGAGCGCAGUGCCAGCCUGGAGCCGAGCGAGGAGCGCACACCAGGCAGGCAGCGGCCCUGGCACCAAGGCUGGGCAGCGGAGUGCGCGUGUCUGCCCGUGUGUGUGAAGCGGAGGGAAGGAGGGAGAGAGGGAGGGAGGGAGGGCGAGCGGGGAGGGAGGGAGGGAGGCAGAGGCAGCUCCCCAGCCAUGAAGCCAGCGGCGGCGUGAAGGCGAACCCAGGCGAGGCUGCCGGGAAAGCGCGGGUGCCAGGCGGCAGGCAGGCAGGCAGAGCCCACUCCCCGCCCGAGGUGGGCAAGAGAGAGAAGCGUCUGCCCAUCUCCCGGCAGGAGAGUCAGCCGGAACCACUUUCGGAAUACAGAUACGUGCCCAGCUGUGGGUUUCCAUGAAUCCGGACUCAGUGUGGAUUACCGCUCCCUAAUUCCGAAGAGGAGGAGGAGGAGGCAGCGUGGGGAGGAAGCUGGGUGCCCCCCAAAAGAAGAGGCGGGAGCCGCUCCGGAGCGCGGUUGUGCAUGAAUACACAGAAUACCUUGCUAUCAACUCCUGGACUGUAAAGGGGCAAAAACAAAGCUACUCUGAAGAACCAUGUGAGGAACAUUGCUGCUGUGAGAGAGACACACAGAGAGCUCUGAGGUUCACACUCCCUUUCCUCUUCACUCUCCACCACAGGAUGGAACAGAGAAAGUUCUGGCCUCGGAUAUGGGACUCCGAUGGCUGGUCAGUGGCCUUGGUGCUUGUCCUCUUGAUUUUCUUUUCACAUAAUGUUACCAGCAGUCCCAUAUAUAAUACCUUUCAUUCUGAGAACCGUGACUGGACUUUCAACCACUUGACUGUCCAUCAGGCCACUGGUGCAGUUUAUGUGGGAGCCAUCAAUCGGGUUUAUAAGCUGUCUGGAAACUUGACCAUAUUGGUAGCUCACAAGACAGGACCUGAGGAAGACAACAAAUCCUGCUACCCACCACUCAUUGUACAACCCUGUACUGAGAUCCUGACUUUGACCAACAACGUCAACAAGCUGCUGAUUAUUGACUACUCAGAAAAUAGACUGCUGGCCUGUGGCAGCCUCUACCAAGGAGUGUGCAAACUGUUGCGAUUGGAUGACCUCUUCAUCCUGGUGGAACCAUCUCACAAGAAAGAACACUAUCUUUCCAGUGUUAAUAAAACUGGCACUAUGUAUGGAGUUAUAGUUCGCUCUGAGGGAGAAGAUGGGAAGCUUUUCAUCGGUACAGCAGUGGAUGGCAAACAGGAUUAUUUCCCCACUCUUUCCAGUCGGAAACUGCCACGUGAUCCAGAGUCAUCGGCUAUGUUGGAUUAUGAGCUCCAUAGUGACUUUGUUUCAUCUCUCAUCAAAAUUCCUUCGGACACACUGGCCUUGGUCUCACACUUUGACAUCUUCUAUAUCUAUGGAUUUGCCAGUGGAAAUUUUGUUUAUUUUCUGACUGUUCAGCCAGAGACACCUGAGGGAGUAUCUAUCAAUUCAGCCAGUGACCUAUUCUACACAUCUCGUAUUGUGCGUCUCUGCAAGAAUGAUCCCAAGUUUCAUUCCUAUGUUUCUCUGCCAUUUGGUUGUGUCAAAGGUGAUGUGGAAUAUCGUCUCCUACAGGCAGCCUAUCUUUCCAAACCAGGAGAGGUGCUGGCUCGAUCCCUCAAUAUUACAGCCCAGGAUGAUGUCCUUUUUGCCAUUUUCUCCAAGGGACAAAAACAGUACCAUCAGCCCCCUGAUGACUCUGCUCUCUGCAUCUUCCCCAUCCGUGCUAUCAAUGCCCAAAUUAAGGAUCGCCUCCAAUCUUGCUACCAGGGGGAAGGCAACUUGGAACUCAACUGGCUGCUUGGGAAAGAUGUUCAGUGUACCAAGGCGCCAGUCCCAAUAGAUGAUAACUUCUGUGGGUUGGAUAUUAACCAGCCACUGGGAGGCUCUGUACCUGUGGAAGGGGUGACCCUUUACACCUCCAGCCGUGAUCGGAUGACUUCUGUCACUUCUUAUGUCUACAAUGACUACAUUGUGGUGUUUGUGGGUACCAAAAGUGGCAAACUGAAGAAGAUUCGAGCAGAUGGACCACCUCAUGGUGGCAUUCAGUAUGAAAUGAUUCCAAUUUUCAAGGACGGGAGUCCUAUUCUUCGUGACAUGGCUUUCUCCACAGAUCAUAAUUACCUCUAUGUCAUGUCAGAAAGACAGGUAUCCCAGGUUCCUGUUGAAUCCUGUGAGCAGUACACAACCUGCGGAGAAUGUCUAAGCUCAGGAGACCCUCACUGUGGUUGGUGUGCUCUUCACCACACAUGCUCCCGGAGGGACAAGUGUGAGAGAGCCGAUGAACCAUUUCGAUUUGCAGCCAGCAUCAGCCAGUGCAUGAGUAUCAUCAUUCAACCCAGCAGCAUCCCAGUUUCUGAGCACAGCCUUUCGCUCAGCUUGUUGGUGAAUGAUGCACCUGAUCUGUCAACUGGUAUCACUUGUGUAUUUGGAAACCUUACUGAAGUGGAAGGCCGAGUUUUGGGCAACCAGAUAGUAUGUGUUUCACCAGCAUCUAAGGAUGUCCCUGCCAUACCAGUGGACCAGGACUGGUUUGGUAUAGAAUUGCUGCUAAAAUCCAGAGAGACUGGCAAAAUGUUUGUCAGCACGGAAUUCAAAUUCUACAACUGCAGUGCCCACCAACUGUGCCUGUCUUGUGUGAACAGUGCUUUUCGUUGUCACUGGUGUAAAUAUCGGAACCUCUGCACUCAUGACCCCACAACGUGUUCCUUUCAGGAGGGACGUAUCAAUGUUUCUGAGGACUGCCCACAGCUUUUCCCCACAGAAGAGAUUUUGAUUCCUGUUGGUGAAGUGAAGCCCAUUACACUGAAAGCUAAAAACCUACCUCAACCUCAGUCCGGGCAGCGUGGUUAUGAGUGUGUCCUCAACAUCCAAGGCGUGAUUCAUCGCGUACCUGCUCUUCGUUUCAACAGCUCAAGUGUCCAGUGCCAGAACAGCUCGUACCUCUAUGAUGGAAUGGACAUAAGUAACUUAGCAGUAGAUUUUGCUGUGGUGUGGAAUGGGAACUUCAUUAUUGACAACCCAGAGGAUUUGAAAGUUCAUCUGUACAAGUGUGCAGCCCAGCGGGAAAGCUGUGGGUUGUGCCUGAAAGCAGAUCAGAAAUUUGAGUGUGGCUGGUGCACUGGAGAAGGAAGAUGCACUUUGCGUCAGCACUGCCCUUCUCCAAUUGGUGGAUGGGGAAGGUGGCUUGACUGGUCAAGCAGGAAUGUCAAGUGCUCCAAUCCACGUAUCACUGAGAUCCUAACUGUCUCAGGACCACCAGAAGGAGGAACACGUGUGACGAUUCGUGGCAUUAACUUGGGACUGGAUUUCUCUGAGAUAUCCCAUAAUGUGCAAGUGGCGGGAGUGGAAUGUACUCCACUGGAGGACCAGUACAUUAUUGCUGAGCAGAUUGUGUGUGAAAUGGGGCAGGCUGAACCUGAUAUCACUUCCGGUCCUGCGCUCCUCUGCAUCGGAGAAUGCAAGCCAGAAUUUGUGGCCAAGUCUGCACAGCAUUACACAUUUGUGAAUCCUGCAGUGAGCUCCCUGAGUCCCAGCCGUGGGCCAGAGUCAGGAGGAACCAUGGUGACCAUCACUGGCCAUUUUCUGGGGGCUGGCAGCAGUGUGUCGGUGUUCCUGGGUAACCAGACCUGCGAAUUUUAUGAGAGGUCUAUCAAUGAGAUUGUGUGUGUCUCUGCACCUUCAACCCAUGGUCUUGGCAUGGUGCAUGUCUCUGUCAGCGUGGACCGUGCUCACCUUGAGAGCAUGCUGCAGUUUGAAUACAUCGAUGACCCCAAAGUGCAACGUAUUGAGCCUGAAUGGAGCAUAGCCAGUGGCCACACACCUUUGACUGUCACAGGGUCAAACCUGGAUGUCAUACAGGAACCCAGGAUACGUGUGAAGUACAACGGCAAGGAGUCUGUCAAUGUCUGUAAAGUUGUAAAUGCAACCACCUUGACUUGUCUGGCUCCCUCACUCACACCAGAAUACCGACCAGGCUUGGAUGCUGUUGAACGACCUGAUGAGUUUGGCUUCAUCUUCAACAAUGUUCAGUCCUUGCUGAUUUAUAAUGACACCAAGUUUAUCUUCUACCCAAACCCUACCUUUGAGCUUCUCAGUGUUAAUGGUAUCUUGGAUCAAAAGCCAGGGUCACCUAUUAUCCUGAAGGGUAGAAAUCUGUGCCCUCCAGCUUCUGGUGGAGCAAAGCUGAAUUACACUGUUCUGAUUGGAGAAACCCCUUGCGCUGUCACUGUCUCUGAGACCCAGCUGCUGUGUGAGCCUCCAAAUCUCACUGGGCAACACAAAGUACUGGUGCAUGUAGGUGGCAUUGUCUUCUCACCUGGCUCAGUAAACGUGAUUUCAGAUAGCCUGUUGACCUUGCCAGCUAUUGUCAGCAUUGCAGCAGGAGGAAGCCUUCUUCUCAUCAUAGUCAUCAUCGUCCUCAUUGCCUACAAGCGCAAGUCUCGUGAAAAUGACCUCACCCUCAAGAGGCUACAGAUGCAGAUGGACAACUUGGAGUCACGAGUGGCCCUUGAAUGCAAGGAAGCUUUUGCAGAGCUCCAGACAGACAUCAAUGAGUUAACCAGUGACCUGGAUCGCUCUGGGAUCCCAUACCUUGAUUAUCGCACAUAUGCUAUGAGGGUCCUCUUCCCUGGCAUUGAAGACCACCCUGUCCUGCGUGAACUAGAGGUCCAAGGAAAUGGACAGCAAGGUGUUGAAAAGGCCCUGAAGCUCUUUGCCCAACUAAUCAACAACAAGGUCUUUCUGUUGACAUUUAUUCGUACCCUUGAGAUGCAGCGAAGUUUCUCCAUGCGAGAUCGGGGCAAUGUGGCUUCCCUUAUCAUGACAGGUCUUCAAGGCAAGCUAGAAUAUGCCACUGAUGUUCUGAAGCAGCUGCUAUCUGAUCUGAUUGAGAAGAACCUGGAAAACAAAAAUCACCCAAAACUCCUUCUGCGCAGGACCGAAUCUGUGGCUGAGAAGAUGUUGACUAAUUGGUUUGCUUUUCUUCUCCACAAAUUCCUAAAGGAAUGUGCUGGAGAGCCGCUCUUCAUGCUGUACUGUGCGAUCAAGCAACAGAUGGAGAAAGGGCCAAUUGAUGCUAUUACAGGGGAAGCUCGUUAUUCCCUAAGUGAGGACAAGUUGAUCAGGCAGCAGAUUGAGUAUAAAACUCUAAUCUUGAACUGUGUGAAUCCUGACAAUGAGAACAGUCCUGAGAUUCCUGUCAAGGUGCUGAACUGUGACACCAUCACACAGGUCAAAGAGAAGAUUUUAGAUGCAGUGUAUAAAAACGUCCCAUACUCACAAAGGCCGCGAGCUGUUGACAUGGACUUGGAGUGGCGCCAGGGCCGAAUAGCACGUGUGGUCCUUCAGGAUGAAGAUAUAACCACCAAGAUUGAGGGUGACUGGAAGCGACUAAAUACCUUGAUUCAUUAUCAGGUGUCAGAUCGCUCUGUAGUGGCCCUUGUUCCCAAGCAGACCUCUUCCUAUAACAUUCCUGCCUCUGCCAGCAUAUCACGGACCUCAAUUAGCAGAUAUGACUCCACGUUUCGGUACACAGGAAGCCCAGACAGUUUACGUUCCAGAGCACCUAUGAUUACUCCAGAUCUAGAAAGUGGGGUGAAGGUCUGGCACUUAGUCAAGAAUCAUGACCAUGGUGACCAGAAAGAGGGUGACCGGGGCAGUAAGAUGGUGUCAGAGAUCUACCUAACAAGGCUGCUAGCUACAAAGGGUACACUGCAGAAGUUUGUGGAUGACUUGUUUGAGACUUUGUUCAGUACAGUCCACCGAGGCAGUGCUCUCCCACUGGCUAUCAAAUAUAUGUUUGAUUUCUUGGAUGAGCAAGCAGAUAAACAUGGCAUCCAUGACACCGACGUGAGGCACACGUGGAAGAGCAACUGUCUUCCUCUCCGCUUCUGGGUGAAUGUAAUUAAAAACCCACAGUUUGUCUUCGACAUCCAUAAGGGAAGUAUCACGGAUGCCUGCCUAUCAGUCGUAGCCCAGACCUUUAUGGAUUCAUGUUCUACUUCAGAGCACCGGCUGGGCAAGGACUCCCCCUCCAAUAAGCUGCUGUAUGCCAAGGACAUACCUAGCUAUAAGAGCUGGGUAGAAAGGUAUUAUGCAGACAUUGCAAAACUCCCAGCUAUCAGUGACCAGGACAUGAAUGCCUACCUCGCAGAACAGUCACGUCUGCACUCUAUUGAUUUCAAUAUGUUGAGUGCACUCAAUGAAAUCUACUCUUAUGUCAGCAAAUACAGCGAGGAGAUCAUUGGGGCUCUGGAGCAGGAUGAGCAGGCGCGCCGGCAGCGCUUGGCAUACAAAGUAGAACAGCUUAUUGGUGCCAUGUCCAUGGAGAGUUGAAGAAAGGAGCAGGAACUCCUAAAACAGCAGGAAGUGGUUAUUGCAAAGUCUUCUUGGAAUUAAAAACCAAACCAGCAUGGAGGACACAGGGAACAUACCUGAAGUAUUGUGGCACCCUCCUAAAAGAAACAGAAGUUGGUCCAGCCAUUUAGCUCAAGACUCACUCAUUAGAUUCGAGUUGAAAGGAUGGGAGAAAACCAACAGCAACAGUGCAUCUCAAGAACCAGCUGGAUUUGCCAAGAAGUUCCUCUUCUCAAUUUGUAACCAAGAAGGAUCCCGGGAAACCUAGAUUUCCUCCAUGACUGCUGCUUUGCAUGAAAGUUGUUUGAUGUAUAUUAGGAGAUAACAAAAUACUAUUUAAUUUUUUUCUUUUUUAAAAAAGAAAAAGAAAAGAGAGAAGAAAAAUGAAAUGUAACAAACACCACAGUGGCCACAUCAAAUAUCCCUUUAAAAAGAUCCCACUGCACACACUGCCCCUCCCAUCUCAUGAGGUCCCCAUUGUUUGUGGCGCAGAUGGAUGGUUUGGGAAUGUUUGAAAAAUCCCAUUAUUCUUUUUCUGGGAACAUACAGAAAACCCCACAAACACAAAUUUGCACCAAACCUUUUAUACUGUGCAGUUGGGGUACAUGCCAUGCAGUCUAAGUCUGCAAGAGGCACUUAGAAAAAAUAUAUGGGAGUAAAAAAGCCAUCCAGUCAUCCAGCACAUCUGUCUUGAAAUCUAACUUCAGCAAUGUAUUCAUAGAGUGCAGAUAUUUUUUUAAUACUGUUUAUUUACCAUUGAAGGGGUACUAUGGUUGUAUGGAAGUCCUUCAUUCCUCUUUUACUUUGACAAAAUUAUCCCCACCCACAUUUCAAAGAUUCUUCCCUGUUUUAGACAGCCAUGUUCCUAAGGAAUGUUCUAAGGAUGUUGAGUGAAGGUUAAGUUGAAACUGGCAUAUUGUGCACAAUUUGUGAAAAAAACUUACUGGCUUUCUUAGUUAGUUGCUUAGUAUGUGGGCAGAUCAGCAUUAAGGUUAUUGUCAUUUUUUUUCUAGUCACUAUGUGAUUUCUUGAAACUUAAACAAAGUGUUUACAACAGGCAAUACUUGAACAGUGUAGACCUAGUAAGCCACGAUAUUUAUUAUUUCCCUUCUUUAGACUCAGUGAUGCUUAUGCAAUUGGGACAAAUGGCAUUUGCAUUUUUCUCAUACUACAGGCAACCUCUUACAAAGGUCAAGCAUAAAGCUUUUAUAUCCUCUGGAAGAGAAGUGAUGAGGGUCCUUCUUUCUAGACAAAAGGAAAAUGGCAUGCUCUGCAUGCCUGUUAAUGGCUGUUGUCUUUGUCUUUGUCCAUGUCUUGUCUUGGGUUUGGUUUUUUAGAUGACCCUAGCAGCCCAUUUUCUAGUGGUCAGUGGAAGGCUGAUGUCUGUGAGUUCUUCUUCUUUUAUAUAUAUAUAAAAAGGGAAAAGACCAAAGCUUUCAUGUCCCUUUCAAGAGUGCCAAGUAGCAGGUGGGAUGCUGUAAAUAUUUCUCUCUGUAAUAAAUAUUGAUAUUUGUGCAGGCUGCAGUUAAGAGGGGGUGAUGAGGGGGCAAGGUGAUUAGGCUUAAUGGAAGGCAGGAUAUCGACCACAUGAUUUUAGACCCCGUGACUAGAAUCUAAGUCAGAUUUAAGAGAAGCAAAAUGGUAUUUAAAAGUAAGAAUGAAAUGAUUAGACCACUAGUUACAGAUUGAUUCAGAUUAUGCCACAGUUUCCUUGGAGUGUGUAGUAUUUUCAGUUAUCAAUUCUAAAUGGAAUUUGUGAAUACUAUCACCUUUUGAGCAUAGAUUGUCAGAAAUAUAAAGAUGUUUGGGAAUAGAUAUGGUUUAGGAAUUACCAUUCUGUAGUAUUCUAUAAUUGAAGAGAAGUCGCUGGAACAAAGAGAACCACAGCAUUUUCUCCUACCCUGCAUCUCCUUCAUCUAUAGUCAGACAUCCACCCAAAGAGUUAAAAUUUAAGAGGUAGCCUGGAAGUGUAUCCUUCUCACAUUAUUUGAUUACGAGGGCUGUAUUUGACUAAAAAGUAAUGCUGCAUUGUAGACUUCACAUUCCAAUUGUACAUCUCCUGGUCCCCAUCCACUGUGUCACUGCACUGAGUGUACAUAACUAAAGUCUGAAACCUGACACAGUUGGAGUUCUGGACAACUUGAAAGCCAAUCUGUGCUGUUCUACAUUCAUAGGCUUACCUCUCUAGAUAUCAUUGAAAAAUAUCAGAAAAAGAUUAGAGCCUCAGAGAAAGAACUAGCAAUAACUUCUCUCACAGAGACAUUUAACAGAGAUGACUUGUGCAGGAGUCUAUCAACCAUCACGCUGUAGCCUUCCCUUCCAGUACACUCCAUUUCUAUUUUUCCUCAAAAGAGAGGGGGCUGUUUCCACAAAAUUCUGAGGGGGAAUAGAUUGUUACCUACUCUGUGAGAAUCUCUGAGGGUUUUUUUUUAAAAAAAAACUUUAUAAUCAUUAUCCUGAAUACUGCCAGCAAAAGGAUAAAGGAAUGGAGCAACUUGCUGCUUUAAUUAUAAUUCAUUAAAACCUGUGCCAAACCCACUUUCCCCCUGAUAAUUCACUUUCCUAAGUUUCCCUUAGCCCUAUUAAUAGCCUGAAAGAAAUACUAAUGACUGACCUUGCGCAAUAAGCUAAAGCCUUUGACAUUCACAGCAGCCAAAGCUUUGCAGCUAGAAAGCUCUGAUUUACAUUGACUUGGCAGGAGCAAGGACCAAGAACCCAAUGAAGAAAGCAUCUCAGGAGCAGGGGAGCCCAAUUUCAAUAGGAUUAUUCGAUAUCCUUCAACUACGUAGUCAGAUUGACUGCAAAUAUAGAUUUGUGUCCUCUGUUCCUAAACAAAAUUGAUGUGAGUGGCAAGUUUUAGCCACCAAUUUUUGUUAAAGGGAUUUUCAACCAAUUACAAGCACUUCAUAAUUAGAUCACGUUAGCCUCCUUUAGCUCUUUCUUUCCUGUUUUUAAUGCUGUAUGAGAUGGGCAAUAGUACUAUAGCUUCAAUCUUUUAUAUCUGACAGUUAUUCUCAGCAGAGCUACAAGAUCCCUUUGCAUUCAGAUGACAAUUCUCUAUUUGUAACCCCUAUAGCAUUCAAGCAGUCAACUGGUUGGCUCUUAUCGAAAUCAGAGAAGCAUAUGUAGUAUUUUCUUCUCUCUUGGCAAUAGACCUUGCUUCAAGAUAAAUUGGGAACUGACAUCAUGGUACAAUUUCUGCUCGAUGUUUCUUUAUUUUAAAAAAUGAAAGAAGCCAAAAAGCCAAGUUCAUGAUGGUACCCUUAAGUGUUGUGGAGCUAGUUUCUCUGGACACCAGCAGGAUUUAGAAGUCAUUGUGAUUGCCUUAAGUGACAUUCUCUCUCCAUGUCAUUGCCUCAUCCCCUUGCUGUCUGAGUUCCAGCCUGCUCUGUUUCAGGUGUUUUCACAUCAAAGACAGAGACGUCAUUUCUGGAAUUUCUGUGCCUGGCACCGCUGUUUGAAUAAUUCCAUUUAAUCUUCCACUGAUGAGUGCUAUCCAGAGCCAUCAAAGAGCCCAGUGCAAGGGGUAGUGAUGUGCUAAUCAAAUGCUUUUUUUCCUUUGAAGGCCUUUAUUUUAAAAAUUCUAUCUUAUGAGCACACUCGCCUACCCCUGUAUUUUUUCUCCUCUUAGAACUAAAAUUCUGCAGCCACUUCAGUCACCAGAGCAAGCAGCCUGGCUGCCUAUGUAACUUCACCAGGAACAUGUUCCACAAAAACUCAGGAAGUGACAGGAGGGGCAAAUAGCUUUAUCACUGUAUGCACUCUGGAUAAAGGAAAAUGUUAUAGCUAAACUGACAGUGAACGUGAUUUUGCAUAAACUGCCAGAAAUUAAAAUACUUUGUUUUUGCUAGUUCACAAAAUAGUUGGAAUACUUAAAGGCUCUUUAAAUUAUUCAGAAUGUGAAAUUUGUAGCUUUACCUAGGAAACUAUAGAUGUGGAUUAGCAAGUUCCCAUUCUAUCCUUGUCAUUAUAAGAUGCCCUACCAAGAAAUCACAUGUGAUGUGUAGCAUCUAUAUUAGCUUUUCACAGCACCGUCUUUUCAUCAAAGUAUCUACUUAUUUUAUUCUUCUAUAAAAAAAUAAUAAUUACAAAGCCAGAAAAUUGGCUGGCGGACAGCUAUUCUCUGCUCUCUACCAGAAUAGUAGAAGGGAUGCUACUCUGCUGAAAUUCAUUACUGCUCACCUGAGUCUAUUUCAGUUAAUUGAACUAAAAUGAAUCUACAUGAAUUUUCACAAAUUUGUAUCAACUAAACAAAAGCGUCUUUUUUCUUCAGAAGGCCUAUUACAUACACAAGAGCUACUCUAGUAUUACCUGUAUUCAGCUUCCUUUCUGCUCUGAAUUGCCCACAUUGCUCAUCUGCAUAGGGCAUGAAUAGACUAGGCCAAUGUGUAUCAACUCUUAGGACUAGAAGCUUCCAAUAUAUAAUGGACACAGUAAGAGAUUCAUCCAUGAUUAUGGAUUACACUUGCCAUACUUUUCACCUCUGUUUGUUGGAGCCAUAGGAAAUCUACCAGAAAUGACUGCCUGCAUAUGUAGUUUAUGUGUUUCCCCUUGGAAUUUUUGAAAAAGUAAACACUACAGUAAAUAAAUGCAUCUGCAUCAUGGUCUUCUAUACUGUUUUACUGUGUGCAGAGCAAAAUCCCAACACUAAAGAGCCAGUUUUGUCUGAACUAGAAACAGUCUACAUCUAAAUUUGGGUUUACCAUGUGAAACCCUGCAAGAAAGGAAAUGUCAGUUUAUACUAUACAUUUCAAAUACUACAGCAGCUGGGGAGGGAGUGGGCUUUCAUUUCAACUGAUGUUAGAAUGAGAGCAUUUCCCAUUAGCAGCUUUCAGGUACCAUGAUUUCCACAACAGUUCUCCUGUUAGGCUUCAGUGUUAUCUACAUUUACCUGUCAGAGGGCUCCAUGAGGAAAUAAUAACCCUGAAUAAGCUUUGGGAGAGAGAGGUGAAACUGAGUGAAGACCUGGAGAAAAAGGUGACAAUGACAGAAACCGUGAAAGGAGGAUAAUCAGUAUGAAAAGGACCAUUUAAACUCCAGGACAGCUAGACUUUCCCAGAUUUCAGUAAUCCAUUUAUAUAAUAACCCACAUAGCAUUAACAAUACAGUGAUAUUAAGCUGUAUAUAUUUUACUUGCUAGUUAGAGCUAGGUAAACAGUCAGAUCUUCUAACAAUAGUUAAUGUGUCCUCAGAGGCAAUAUCUUUAUCUCAUCAUUCUGAGCCCAAUGAUUUCCCCCCAUCUAUCCAGUACCCAUUCAGUGAACUCUGGUUAGACUCAAAAGGCACUCUUUCAUGAUAUCUGCUGAAAUUUUCUAGGCCUUUCAGCAAAACAACAUGUCUUUCCCAAUGUAUCUUAUAUAUGACAACUGUAAAAGCCAUCCCAUGUCAACGUAAUGCAGAUGCUGUUUUUUAGAUGAUUGUGUGAAUCAAAGGAUUUAAAAUUGGUUCAAAAUACAAACCAACCCUUGGAAAUGUCUAUAAGAAGUCAUAGUCCACAAACUAAAGGGCCGAGAACCUGCUGCACUCUAAAUACAAAUCACUGCAUUUCAAUAGUAUAAACAGGUGCUUUUAAAAAUCACCUAGAAAAUAUUUUUAUUUUGAAAGACUGGUUUCUAAGAAGGGAAAAUGUUUCUAUUUAAUUUCUAGUCAGUGUAUCCUUGAAGGAUUUUGUGUUGUUUUGAAAUGAUGUUCUUUAUACUUUGUAUAGGUUUUCUUUUAUCUCCCUCUCCAAAUAUUUUAUCUAACAUGGUACAUAAAGCAGGGAAAGGAGGAUCAGCAGUGAACCAUCAUCUCUCUUUUUGCAUUCCCAAUCUUACAUGGAAAUGAGGAAUCUUUUCCAAUUCCCACAAUAAGAAGAAUCUCUUCUUUGUAUAUCUGGAGCAUAAGUACCUCCUCAGAGGAAAGAACACAAAGUUCUCUUCACAUAUUUCAUCUAGGUUUGACAGACUGAAAACCAGGGAGGGUUCUUUUAUCUUUAAUAGUUGUAUAGAAGAGGGAAUAUCAGUAGGUGUUGCUCAUCACACAACAGGUAACUAGCAACGCCAGUUGGAAAUUCCACUUCCAUUCAAUCAUUAGAGGUAUUGGAGCCAUCCUCAGUUUUCACUCUGGCAAUCCUAAUUAUAUCAGAAGAACAAAAAGAAAAAUUCACUCUCUAUCAUGCUUCCUCCUAACAUAAAACCAUUCUGUCCAUCCUAACAGUGGAACAUUAUUUCCAGGCAAAUUAGGCUACAGCUUCAUACCAGAACCCCAUGGGCUAAUUGUAUUUGUGUCCAUUAACAGUACUUUCAUAUGUGGUGGCCCUGCAGAAGAAGCUUUCACAAGGAGACAGCACAGAACGGCUUUCCGUUCAGAAGUGAAGGUUUCUUUGUACGCACAUAUCCUGCCUCAACUGUAAGGCAGGGAGUGAAUGUUCUGCCCCAUCCUAUAUCAAAAAGAAUAUAGUUUCGGACAGGGGAGUGAGUUGGUAAACAAGUGGCAAUUCACCUCAUACAGUCGUUUGAGAUUGACAUUGUUUCUUGGCAUAUUAUAUGAAUUUAAACAAGUCAAAUGAGAUACCGUUUGCUUUGAAUGUUGUUAGUGCUUAGGUGUCUUGUGUUUGUCUGCUGUUUUUGACCAGAAUCUCCCUUUAUGUUGUCUGUAUAUUACCUUUUUAUUUGUAUAUUCCCAGCCACCCAUCCCUUCAUGAACAAAUUAUGACAGAAAUAUCCAAAUUAACAAACAAAAGUGUGGACUCAAGUUAUUUUCCAUCUCUGUUGGUUUGGGUUUUUUUCUUGUUUGCAAGAUAAAUGGUGCUCCAGAGAAGUCAGCAAAAUUUUAAAAACCAGCUUUUCAUACCAUUAUAUAUAAAAAAAAGACUUGACCUAACACUGAAGGAUGUUUUGUAGAUGGAGCUAUCAAAUGAGAGAGGGGAAGGAGAUGCAAAGAUUGAUUCUAGAACCUGUUCAUAAGUUAAAGUGGGGGGAGACGUUGGCAUCUGCCAGUUUUUGCUGUCAUUUCUAGAAAGUAGAAAUAGCUAACGUGUCGAAAUUGGUGUCAACAUUCUACUUGGAUAAUGUCAUGGCAAUGUUGAUAGAUGAUUUCACAAUGGUUAUGGGAACUAAACUGCACACUUUCUGAAUGGGUGCUUUUUGUUUUGAACUUGUCAAAUGCUUUCUAGACUUAUUGUACGCAUGAUACUGGUCUUGUCCAUAAAUGUUAGUUGAUCCUGGUCAUGCACAAAGGCUGACUCACACCACCAAAUGUGUUCUGAGAGCACUAGGAGUGGAAUCCACUGAACAUCUGCCAUUAUGUCUUGUGGAAAUGGAUGGAAACCCUGAAGUAGUUGUCUCCAGUGGAUUUCUUCCUAGUGCAGUAAUAUGGCAAACCUAAUUCUUAGUCUAUGUUUCUUUCUGCAAGUGCACUAAUAUCAAUAAUAAUAAUAAUAAUAGUAAUAGUAACAGACAGAACCCAAAUCUUGUGGAAUUUUUAAUAGUGAUCCAGUUGAGGAAGAUGUGAAGGGCAUGAGAAAGGGCUUUUUGUUUUCUUAAUUUGUCCCUAUCCUGGAACUGAAUUGCUUCAGGAGGCUGGCAAGGUCUCCAUUUAACCUCUCCCAACUACCCUAAACAUUUUUCUCAUCUUCCUUCUCCUUUAUACUUGACACACUGGAGUUCUGUAUUAUAUUUUUUUUAAGAUGGUUGUCUGGAUUUUGUUGUUUUUACAAGUGUUGUGGGGAGGCGGGGGGAUGUAAGAAAGCUGAAGUAUUUAAAAAUGUUCAAUGAGGGGAGGAAAGGUUUUUUUGUUAUUAUUCUAAUAUAUUAUUGUGUACCUAUUGUAAAUAUGAAACACUCCUAUUUUGCAAUCCAAGGACUCACUUUGUACUGUUGUUAUAUAUAAAUAAAGUUUACUGGAUAAAAAUA